AUGUUGGACGUCGUUUCCCACCAUUCGGGCGUGGAAGAUGUCGUGGGCGAGUCGGAUGUCGUUGUUUCAGCAGACGAGCUGGACGUGGUGGGCCAUUCUUCUGUUGUUGAUGAUGACGAAGAUGAAGUAGGUGAGAACGACGAAGACGACGAUGACGACGACGUGGAGGAAGGCCACGAGAACGAGGACGAUGACAAUGACGAUGACGAAAAAGACGAGCUGGCGGACGAGGACGUCACAGAGCUCGAGGUCACGGAACUCAGAGGUUCUGAGGAUGUAGAGUCUGAGCUUGAACCGGUGCUACUCCACCAGGGCAACAGAGAAGAGUCUCUUUUUUCGAUUUCGGCACGAGGCGUCACCGAACGAGCCACCACCUUGGCCUUAGCGGCCGUGGGUUCGUGGAAUAUAAGGAAUAAUCCCGUCAACACUACCAACAGGUAG